UUCUGAAGCAACAUUUCCACCGGAAGUUACGUUUCUUUCCAAACAAGUGUUUUCCGGCCGACGUGAAAACAACCGAAAAGUGGCCUUUUUGAGAUCGUUGUGGUUUGUUUUAUUGAACUCUAAUCGCUAGCGAGGAGAUAUAUCCCUCGAGAACCAGCGACAAGUUGUUACCUUUGUUUAUUUGGCGUUUGAUUUGGUAAAAUUCUCGGUGCAGCCGGCUAGCUCGUCUUAAGCUUAGCCAACAUGGCGGAUUGAUUCAUAUUGACAGGUGUGCAAUUGAUCGGCCAACUCCCAAAUAUGUGAGGUCAAAGUUUUUUUCUCUCUUCAGUUUCAAUAGUAUCUUAACCCCAAUGUUAGUUGUCUGUUAAACGCUAUUUGACUUUAGCGAUACUUUGUCAUGCACCUGAGUUGUCUGCUGGUGAGCCUCAAGUCGUUUUGUUCAAGAAUUCCUUUGGCCCACAAAACUUUAGUUCGCAAUGCCUCAACGGCGAUAAAAACACAUCAGACCUCAAGUUUGUGUCGGGUCAGCAUGAGCGAAAUGGAGCCCAACGGCAUCUCCCGGAGCGAGGACACUCGGGCUGUGGUUUCCCACCCGGAGGGUUUUCAUCCUAAAUCUGAUAAAGAGGAUGCCGCUUCGCCAAGCCAGAUUGGUCUCGGGAGGGCUUCAAAACCAGAGAAGGAGACUCGAGGCCGGGAGCCCGUGGGGACCCAAGCCCCCAACAAGUCGGCCGUCAAGCAAGAGUCGAGGAAGAGGGGACGGCGAGCAGAUGGCGAGCAAGGUGCCGGGAAAAGCAAGAAGAAGAAGAAGCGGAUCCAACGACCCAACUAUUUUGUCUCCAUCCCCAUCACCGACGCGCAGAUCGGUUCGGCGGUGAGCGAGGUCCAAGAGGCGGUGCUGCGGCGCGAGCCUCGCUUGGCCAAAGCCAUGAUCCCCAUCCCCACGCUCCACCUCACGCUUCUCGUCACCCAUCUGGCCGACCGGGAGCAAGUGGACCUGGCGGCGGCGACGCUGGCCCAGGCGGAGCCGUCCUUGGCCGAGCUGCUGGGCGGGGCCCGACUGGUGCUGCCCUUCUCGGGCGUGGCCCACUUCCGAAACGACGUGGUGUUUGUCGCCCUGGGCCCGGGACCGCACACUGGCGUGCUGCGCAGCCUGGCAGAGUUGCUGCGCGCUCGUUUGGAGGAGCGAGGUCUGGCGGAGGGCGACGUGGCUCGUGGCUUUCAACCUCACCUCACCAUUUUCAAGCUGUCCAGAGCACCCAAGCUCCGAUCGCAGAGCACGGUUGUCUUCUUCCCGAAGGGCGUCAAGCACGUGGACCCGUCCCUCUACUCGGCCUAUGCUUGCAGGUUUUUUGGCGACCAGACGGUGGAGCGUCUGGAUCUUUGCUCCAUGCUGAAGACAAAGCAGCAGGACGGCUACUACCACACUGAGACGUCACUGCAACUCGGCAGUCGACGCCGGUGUGAGCCUGACGAGGCAGAGCUUCUGCGCAUCAGCAAGCGAUUGGUGGAAGAUGCCGUCAGUCGCGCCGUGCAGCAGUACAAACGGGAAACCCUCCAGAACGGGGGCCAACCCAACGCAGGUCGCCCGCCCGGAAACGCCGACAGGAGUGCGGAGACAAAGACGACGGACGCCAGGGAGUGAUGUGAUCGGGCCCAGAGCCGACCGGAAGCGCUGAGAGCAGGCAGGACGCUAAGCGGCAAAAUGUCCCGUCCGCUUGGCCGUAACCUUGACGGCGAGCCCGGCGUAAAUUGGCUAAAGGCCGGUUGAUUGCGCCAACUCGCCCUUCGCUCACUUCUCCAAGCUGGACUCUGGUCGCUCGCUAUUCCUAGCGGGCCCAAAAGUGUCACAAGGCGAGGAUCCUGUUGGCUAAUUGCUACUAUACUAAUGUGCUAAUGCUCUACUUUUGAGAUGGAUCAGAAUUGUCGAAAGCUGACUCACCAAAACCGAGCGCUCGGUGGGAUUUAAAAGCACGACGCCUUUUGUAGUUGUUGCAUUUUAAUUUGGACAUCUCUCUAUCUGUGAGCGAGCGUGAAAUGUCUUCUGCUAGUGCCCAGCGGAGGCAGCGGUGAGACAGUCAGGCAAAUCAAUCCGCACACAAAAACAAAAUGUCAGAAAACACUAAUCGUGCUAACGUAGGUGUGUGUGUGUGUUUGGUAUAUAUUUUUGAAUACUUUUAACCCUCCCACUUGUUUUGAACGCGUUAAAUUUUUUGGGGGGGGUGUAAAACUCCAUUAAAAAAAGUUUUAAUCCAUGUUGUUAAUGAUAGAGAUGGUACAGAGGUUGAUUUAUGCAGGCGCUAGUCGUGACGUCAAACCGGAAACCGUCAUUUUCCUCACCCCACUUGGGUGCAGAAUGACGUGGAUUGACAGAAGCCGGAAGAUUGUCCGACCGAAAGCCGUCGCCCUCUAGCGUCCUGGAGACCAAACGCUUCGGGCGCAAGCGUGGACCUCAAACCUCGGCAAAGUGAUCCAAUGGAGGACCCAAAGCUCCUGGCUGGCUGAGCAGGCAAAGUGAUCCAAUGGAGGACCCGAAGCUCCUGGCUGGCUGAGCACAAUUUUUCACCCUUCAUUUUUGAUGGUGUGCACAUCGUCGGAAGUGGCCUUGAGUCGUUCGUCUUUUUUGUUUGCUUUCCUGCGAGUGCUCGCCACCGUGUCGCUGCAGCAGAGACAAAGCCGGACUCGUGUUGAACGUGACGGACCCACCAUUUGUCUUUUGUCGCUGCUGCGAUGCUGUCGUCACUCCAGUCAACAUCUUUCCAAUCGCCUAUGGCCCCUUGGCCCACUUCGCUUCUUAUCAGUCAGUGUGCGUUUGUGGGCGUGAUACAAUCAUUUGAUCAAGUGCUUCUCCGGGGACCUUGUCUUGUUCCUUUUUAUUCCAACACGGAACCGCGCGCGUGCGUGUUUUGUCGUGUCACGUGAAGAAUAAAAGAACACGAUAAGUGUGGGACUCUGA